GUUUCGGUGUGGUUGAAACACUAGAAUUCCUCCUGCGAUGGCCGGGGCGGGCUCGUGGUGCAGUUCUCAGCAACUGGGUGGCCAGUCAGAGCCAAGCAGCUACAAGGCAGCGCUGGUGCGACAGCACAAGCUGGAGAUCUUGUCGCUUGUACAAGCCAGAGUUAGAAGAGCCCUGGCGGAUGCUUGGACUUACCAAUAAACUCUUGGGACAAGAGACGUGGGGUCCCCAUGGCAACGGCACUGGUGGCUUCCUGGAGCUUUGGGACGUGCGCGAGCGCUUGCAUCUUUUGCACGGAAUUCCCACACUGUCCAUUGGCGCGGAAGAUGACAUCGUGGCGCCAGAGGAUGUGCACGCCAUGAGUAAAGCAUUGGGUGGGGAUUACGCCUUCAUGCCGGAUGCUGGCCACUUUAGCUUUGUUGACCAGAGAGAUCUUUGGUUACGGUCCUUCCAAGAUUGGCUCCAUCACCACGAGCUUGAGAGCCAACCUGAUGUGUUGAGAGUCUUUGCAAAGGCCCAAAGUCGGCCUGAGACAAGCCAUGUUGCCUAUAGCAUCCUUGGAUUGACGGCUUCUUUGAUUGCCGUGGUCGCUUUUUUGGUGCGAAGCCGCUUCUCAGCCUGCAUGCAACAUGCAGCUUUACAGGCACCUCUUCUGGGAGUUUCAAGGUAG